AAGGAUCCUGAAGAACAUCUUCCAUCAUCAUUGAAUAAUUCAAGCUUUAAAUACCUUUCUUCUCGAAGUAAUAAUCUUCUUUUAAAUAAUCUUACGUUUCAUAAUUGAGAUUCUUUUGAAGUUCUUCUAAAAUCUCUUCAGCGUUUAUCUUCAUUAUUAUAAGGAAGCGAAAUAUCGAGGAUCUUCCUUUAAAUAGUUCGUUUAAAAAUAAUCUUACGUUUCUGGAGAAUCGGUAAGAAACUCUUCUUCUAAAAUUCCCACGGCGUUUCCCUUCGUUUUUAUAAAGAAGCCAAGUAUCAAAGAUCGUUUAAGAUCAAGUCUGGAUAGCGACAAUCGGUAAGGCGAAGAACCGCGUCAACAGCGGACUGACCCAAAGUCCGUCGCCGAUUCCGCCGGCGUUCCGCAUCGAUCCCCCACUUUGUUCACCGGAAGUAGAUACAGCCAAUCCGCGGGGCAAAUCGCUAGGGCUCACGCGAAAUCCUUGUCGAUCGUAUAAAAGCGAGCAACGCAGGACAUGUCGCCGAGAAUCGAUCCGAUACGCUGGUCGAAUCUUGCCAGCACCAGUUUCCGCACUUCAAGAAGCAUAUCCAUAGCUGCAGCUUCCGUCAGAGGAUCGUUGAUCGGCAGCUCGAAGAAUCUUCAAUAUUUUGGAUCGAUCAAUAGUGUUAACGUCUCUGGGAGCAAACAGAAGAUAGCAGGAUUCGCGAUUUUGAGCCAUCGAACUAUUCCAAACGUUGCAGAGAUGCCGCACGCGAUCGACGUGUAUUAUCCGCGAGUGUCCACGUUGGUCACCAAUGUGGCGAAAAAUCCAUCCAUCAGCAACAGUUACGAUUAUAUAGGGAAGAUACCGUUGCUGAAUACACUGACAGAGCCCCUUGCUCCAAAAGUUUGUUCAUACGUCGAGGAAUGUGCAUCCCUUUGCUGUCCUAAGGACAUUUACAUUUGCGAUGGAAGCGAUGCAGAGUACGAUCAUCUGUUGAAGCUUAUGGAAAAGAAUGGAACAAUAUCGGCUUUACCAAAAUAUGAAAACUGUUGGCUUGCUAGAACGAAUCCAGCGGACGUAGCACGCGUCGAGAAAUGCACGUCCAUCUGCACCGACUGCAAACGCGAUACUAUUCCUACUCCACGUAACGGUGUUACCGGAGAACUGGGUAACUGGAUUUCUCCGGCUGACAUGGACAAAGCUAUUCUUGAACGUUUCCCAGGAUGUAUGAAAGGUCGAACAAUGUACGUCAUCCCCUUCAGCAUGGGUCCAAUGGGUUCACCUCUGUCAAAGAUUGGAAUAGAAAUCACAGAUUCCGCAUAUGUCGUCUGUUCCAUGAGGAUAAUGACCAGGAUGGGGAAAAAGGUCCUAGAAACCCUUGGCAAUGAAGAUUUCGUCAAAUGUCUGCACUCUGUCGGUGUACCAAAAAGCGACUCCAAGGUUGAAGUUAACUCUUCCUGGCCCUGUGAUCCUGAAAGGACCAUCAUCCUUCAUAAACCAGCCAAGAAUGAAAUAGUUUCUUACGGUAGCGGUUAUGGUGGCAAUUCUUUGCUUGGAAAAAAGUGUUUCGCUCUGAGAAUUGGUUCGACUAUUGCUAGGGAUGAAGGAUGGCUUGCAGAACAUAUGCUCAUACUGGCUAUCACAAAUCCAAAAGGUAGAAAGCGUUACAUUACUGCAGCGUUCCCCAGUGCUUGCGGCAAGACCAACCUAGCCAUGAUGCAGCCAACGUUACCAGGGUACAAAGUCGAGUGCGUGGGAGAUGAUAUCACCUGGAUGAAAUUCGAUCAGGAAGGCAGACUCCGUGCUAUAAAUCCAGAAAAUGGAUUCUUCGGCGUGGCACCCGGAACCAAUGGCGCUACCAACCCUAAUGCUAUGAGAACUAUCUUCAAGAACACUAUCUUCACCAAUGUGGCCACAACCAGCGACGGUGGAGUCUUCUGGGAGGGAUUGGAAAAAGAAAUCAGCGAUGACGUUGAAAUCACCGACUGGCGGGGCAAAAAGUGGACCAGAGGAUCUAGGACCCCAGCAGCGCAUCCGAAUUCCAGAUUCUGUACACCAGUCAAACAAUGUCCUAUCGUCGAUCCUGCUUGGGAAGAACCAACAGGUGUUCCCAUCGAUGCUAUUCUGUUUGGAGGACGAAGACCAGAAGGUAUUCCUCUUAUAUAUCAAGCUAGAAACUGGCAGCAUGGUGUUUUCAUUGGAGCUUCGAUGAGGUCUGAAGCUACUGCUGCAGCGGAACAUACGGACAAAGCAAUCAUGCACGAUCCGUUUGCUAUGAGACCCUUCUUCGGCUACAAUUUCGGACAUUAUCUCAAUCACUGGCUGAAUAUGACCGAAGUGAAAAAUGCCAAGCUACCAGCUAUAUUCCACGUAAAUUGGUUCAGGAAGGAUGCGAAUGGCAAGUACCUUUGGCCAGGAUAUGGCGAGAACUCACGCGUUCUAGAUUGGAUUCUUCGAAGGCUCGACGGCGAAGACGUUGCGGUAGAUUCUGCCAUAGGUUUAUUACCAAAAUUACAGUCGUUCAAUUUGGAAAACUUGAAGGAGAAUAUAGAUAUGGAGGAAUUGUUCAGUUUACCGAAAGAUUUCUGGCAAAAGGAAGUUGAGCACCUUAGGGAAUAUUUCGAUGCGCAAGUAGGCGAUGAUUUACCUGCAGCCAUUCGUGAAGAGCUCGAUCGUCUCGCUUCUAACGUGGAUAAGCUUUAAUCCAAUCGUUUGAUCCUUAAUAUCGUGGAAAAUUUGACUAACAUCGAUGUACAUCGAAUUGUAUUUUUUUCUUUUUUUUUUUUAUCAAAAGUAAGGUAUUUACAACGAGGACUAGAGAGAUUCUCAAAUUAAGGAUCAUAUUAAAGUUCAAAUUGAAUCCGUACAGAGAUCGUAGUCCGUACCGAGAUUAAACAGGUAGUUGUUAGGUUUUUUUAUUAUACUGAACCUAAACGUAGUAUUACGACGAUUUCUACUUGAACGUCGAACAUAAUUGUCAUAUUCAUUAAAACAUUUUUCUUUAUGUUUACUCUUUCAAAUAAAUGCUCCUUCUUUACACUUUACAGUAUCGUUUUUAUUAUAAGAAAAUACUUCUUAAAAGUAAGAACAGAUUUUUUGUAAGGGAUCGCGUGUGAGGAUAAUAGUGUGCAAACUAGCGAAAAAAGCAAUUUGUAACUUAAAGAAAGAUAUGUAUUUUUGGAUAUGUAUUUUCUAAUAAAAAGUUUUAAGAAGAUAA